AUGGCAUCCAGCGACACACACCCAAGCGCUUCCCAAGAAACAUUAUUUGACAUGUGCUGGGACACCGAGGCCGAUCAAGUGCCGAUGGUUGAAACACAGAAUCUAAUGCCAUCGGCCGAACAACAAGUGAGAGGCCAAACAUUUGACAUGUGUUGGGACACCGAGGUGGAUUCAGCACCGAUCAUUACACCAGAGGCAGUCACACUGUUGGCUGCAGGUCUAUACAACCUUUGUUGGGACGACAAACCACAUGUGCCAAUGGUCGUUUUGGCGCCAAUUCGAGAGCUGGAGCCUAGGAAGACCAAGAUUUUGGACGUGACCUUGCCCUUUGCAGCCGGUCAAUAUGACAUGUGUUGGAAUGACAGUCUGUCUGUAUCGGUGGUCGCAUACAAGGCUGAUUUCGACAUGUGCUGGGGAGAUUCGCCAUCAGGAGGAGAUGGUCACCUUGAAGGUAUUUCCAUUGUGGCACUGACCAUAAACUUGGUCGACUUAGCUGGUGAUACACCGGUAUUCUAUGAUAUGUGUUUUGAAAAUAUCUCCGUGGCCACAUCUACAGCGCCAAGAGAUGGAUCACCGAGUCAGACGGCCGAAUCCAACAGGAACUUGCUGCGCCGAGCUGCAUCUCCAGGGCCGAGGGAGAGAUUGCCAAGUCAGACAGUUGAAGCCGGCGAGGAAUUGCUGCAACAAACCGCAUCUCCAGGGUCGAGAGAGAGAUUGUCAAGUCAGACUGUCGAAGCCGGUGAGGAAUUGCUGUGCCGAGCAAAUAUGAGCCUUGACUUCAUUGACACUAUGAUCAGUAAGUUCAUUUUGCUCCUGAUAAUGAACAUCAUGAGGAGGGCCACACUUGACAGGAGAUGA